AUGGCCGGAUUACCUUCUCUCCCCACGGAGCUCUUGCAGCAAAUUGCUUCUUCACUACCCUGCUCCUCAGUCCUCAACUUACUUCGCGUCAACCACCAGCUACACAAAGCAUACAACGACCGUCUAGUCUUUCAGCGAUUAGCAAAACGCGAUCUGAACUACUCUCCCCUCUCCAAAUGGGGCAUCCACAACACAGUGAAACUAGUCGAAGACGACGACCCCAUUCUGACCACCGCCUCGCUGACCGAAACAAUCCGCCUCGCCUUCGCAGCUGAAAAAUGCAUCCAAUCCACCACCCAAAACUCCUCAGCCUGGGUCUUCAAAGUCCAAAAGCACACGAGGCGCUUCGCCAUCCUCGACUGGCUCCCCCACAUGAUGGCCCUGGACCACUCUGCCACAAACAACUUGAAACCCGAACCCUUUCUCAUCCUCUACAACGACCUGCUCAUGUAUGAAGCUCCAGAAAACGAUCUUAUUGCUACAAACUUUAUCAUGACGUGUACGUUGCUGCACCAACUCCGGUACUGCGUCGACGCGAAGAAGCAAGUCAAGAAACCGCUGGAUAAGCACUUUGAAGCGAACCCCGCCAGAUCCAUCCCCUCACAUGCUGAUUCAAUCACGCACCUCCGCAACCACGUCCGUAGGUACGGCAGAUUUAAACAGAGCUUCCAUCUCGACCAAGCUGCUGCACUGCUGCCGACUUUCCUCUUGGAACUAGCCGUGUACCGGCUUUUCCCAGAGCAGUUGCGGCGCCAGCUGCCCUCGGUGUCAUGCAUAGGGUUUAGAUCAAACAUGCGGAUCCCGCCCGUCUUCUCACAGGAUAGCUCCGGCACUUCGUUUGCAGAAUGCCAUGUGGAGAAAAUGACGAACCCCAAGUUUCUCACGGGAAAGUGGACGGGGUAUUACUCUGAGCAGAGGGACUCGGUGCACGUGCGCUCGUUCGAUCCGCCCAUGCGCGAUAUCAACAUCGUGGCGCGUGCGGCUGAGGGUGCGUCGGAUGUGGCUGCUGUGAUUGAUCGGGAGACGAGGGGCGUGGAUGCUCAUGGGGAAUUCUCACUCCAGGGUCGCGUCAAGAAGAAUGGGCAGGUGGAACUGGUGAAGCGGUACAUUGUGAGUGGGUGGACGUGGCCGUGGCUGGGUUGUAUGACGCCGUUCGGCAUUGCGGGGACGUGGGGAGACGCUUCGGAUGAGUUUGACGAGUUUGAUAGUUUUGGGGGCUACUUUUGGAUUUGGAAGGAGGACUGGUGUGAAGGGGAUAGGUGA